AUGGCAGCCGAACCAACUGCCCGACUGUCCCUUUUAUCGGACCUUACCCCUCCGUCUCUCGAACGGACCUGGCUCACGGCGCCGCACCCCACCCUUCCCAUCGUUGCAACCUGCAGCUCCGACAAAACAGUCCGAGUCUACUCCCUGACGAAUUUCCGGCUGCUUUCGACGAUAUCCGGGGGACAUAAGCGCAGCGUCAGGACUUGCGCCUGGAAGCCACACGUCAAGGGCGAGAGCGUGCUCGCCACGGGCAGUUUUGACGCGACGGUCGGCAUCUGGCGACGAUGGGAUAGCUAUGGUCAGACGGAGCGCGGCGCGGCGGACUGGGGUGUCGGGGACAGUGCUGGCUCCGGAACACAAGCGAAAGGCCUGGCGGACGGAUAUGGCGCAGGCGGCGACGAGGAGAAUGAGAACGAGGAUGAAGACGAGGAGUGGCGAUUUGCCGUGCUGCUGGACGGGCACGACAGUGAGGUCAAAUCGGUAUCGUGGUCGCCAUCCGGGAUGUUGCUGGCGACAUGCUCGCGGGAUAAGUCGAUCUGGAUCUGGGAGGAUUUGGACGACGGGGACAACAACUUCGAGACGGUCGCGGUCAUGCAGGAGCACCAGGGGGACGUCAAGUGUGUUGCCUGGCAUCCCGCCGAGGACUGCCUGGCGAGCGCCAGCUACGACGAUACCAUCCGGUUGUGGCGGGAGGAUCUCGACGACUGGGGCCAGGUCGCCUGCAUCAAGGGCCACCAGGGCACCGUCUGGUGUGUGGAUUGGGAAGGGGUGGACAGCGUCCCGUGUGGCGCAGCGGCGGACCUGGCAGAGCAAUGGCGCGCAACGCACGCUCUUUCCGGACCGCGUCUCGUGUCAUGCUCGGACGACCGAACCGUGCGGAUCUGGAGACGGCAGCCGAAAGAGCCGCGGGCCCAGCAAAACACAUCGCCGUUCGGCAGCUCGGGGAUCCCAAGCAUCAUCCGCCCGACCGGGACCGACGAGACCUGGGAGGAGGAGUGCACGUUGCCGCAGGCGCAUGACCUGUCCGUCUACACGGUGGCAUGGAGCAAGCGCACCGGCUUGCUGGCGUCCGUGGGGGCCGACGGCCGCAUCGUGGUGUAUGCGGAGCGCUUCGUCGGCGGCGAUUCGGCCACACAGGCCAUGGAGACCGAGCCGUCCGCUGACGCCGCUGAGGGCGCGCCUGCUCCGAGCACCGAAUGGACAGUGAUUGCUACUAUGGAUGGCGCUCAUGACAUUUACGAGAUCAACCAUGUCGCGUGGGCGAAGCGCGCGGACCGCGGGAAGGCGGAGGGUGAAGACGAAGAGGUUCUAGUUACAACUGCAGAUGAUGGAGGUGUCAAGGUGUGGACCAUUGCGAGGUAA